AUGGGUAUUUGUUUAGACACAGAUGCCAGCGCGGCACAAGAUACCGGCGAACAAGGCAACGAUUGGAAUCGUACACGGAAUCAGAACUCGCAAAAUCCAGAAUCUGGCAGUGCCAUGGCCUUAAAUGGCAACGGCCAACGCUUUGGCUCGGCCAACAUUGGAGCCAUACAGCAUGCCGGCAAAAUCAAGUUCGAUCCGCCCAAGGUGCCAGUGAUCUUCGUCUUGGGCGGCCCAGGUAGUGGCAAGGUUACCCAUUGCGACACCUUUAUGCAAGAGCGUCGCGGUGUUACGCACAUAAACAUGAUGGAUCUGCUUCAGCAAUACGCAAUGGGUAACGAUAUGCAGGACUUUUCACAGCUCUCAUCAAAAACUGUUACCGAGGUGUUGAUGCUGGAAAUGAAAAUGGCUCCAGCUGCCAAAGCAUACCUAAUAUCUGGAUAUCCACGCUCCAUGCGCGACGUGGUCGAGUAUUCAGAGAAGAUACAAGUCGUCAAUGGUGUAAUAUUAAUAUCCUGGCGCCAAUCGGUGCUACAAAAACAAAUUGAUUAUGGCGCCAAAUUAGGUCAUGUUGUACUCUCCUUAGCCAAAAUGGAAUUGGAAAAUUUCUUCAAAAAUGUGAUGCCAGUCGCUGAUUAUUUUGAUCAAAGCGAUAUGCUAUUGGCGGUUAAUGGCGAGCGGGCACCCACUGAGGUGUAUAAAGAUUUUCGCACCGCUGUCUUAGAUAUACUGAGUCAAUUAGAGAAUCAAGAGGCGAUGCUUAAUGGAGUUACAGGUAUGGGCAGAGGGAUACAUGAUAUACCCGGUAGUAUUGUUAGCGUAGACACCGCACCUAGUCAAGUCCAAGCGCCUCAAAUUCCAGACCGAGCUGCCAUAUCAGGGGCAAGAGUUGAGCGCAAUGUCACCAAUGCUGUGAUAUCUCAUAUAGCCGCCAAUGCAGCGACAGCGACGGAAACUUUACGCACAGCUGGUACCAGCGUAGAUGAUGAUGACAGCGGUGUGGUAGUUACACAACAGCCUAGGUUCAAUCAGCAGGCGCCUGCUGGGGGAGAGACGGAGCCAGAGUCACAUAUACCACACAUAAUUUGGGUAAUUGGUGGUCCAGGCAGCAAUAAGGCAACGCUUUGUAUCAAAGCAGUGGGUCUCAACCCAGGGUGGGCGCAUAUUAGCGUUGGACGCUUACUUCGUAAUAUUACGGACACUGCACCACGUGCCAACACCGAAAGCUAUGCGGUCAAGGAGGCUUUGGCUGCAGGUGACAUGGCUCCAGAAAAGACGCUUAAUCAGCUGCUGGAGACGAAUCUGCGUCAGCUGCGGGAUAAAACAGGCAUCCUCAUCGAUGGUUACCCCCGAAAUAUACAACAAGUCAUGUAUUUUGAGAAAAAGUACAAACAGCGUCCGCCCAUUAUAUUACUGGAUUGCUCAAAGCUGCAGCUUGGACGUGGCCGCAUAGACGAUACAGUUUCUUCGUUUAGACGUCGUCUGGAGCUGUUUCGCGAACAGACGCUGCCUAUGCUCAAGACUCUGGAUAGCAGCAAUCGUCUACAAAUUGUGGAUGGCGACACUGAUAGUCCCUCGGUGCAGCGAGAGUUCGAGAGACUCAUACGGAAUCACAUACAGCACUUGCUUAAUAAAACUGACGGGCAGAACAAUGCAGAAGCUGGGCAGGUCAACCAUGUGAUUCGCAAUGAACAAACAGAUGCUAUACUGCACGAUUUGGAAACGAAUGUCCCGGGUGCGGUGCCUACGAUCAGUCAUCAUGUAAGCAUGAUGAAUGGACAUCUAAAGAAUCAAGAAAGUGCUCUGGCCAGCGCCAAACGACCCGCGCAAAUGAUGAACGGCCAUGUAGGAGGACGUCCUGGCACAGGACCUGUCGCCCCGCUUGCACAACCAGUCGAUUUUCGACACAUGCUCGAGGAGGCAGAGCGUUAUCCUGUUGACUCGUAUAUGUAGUCGAUUAGGUAAAUUAUGAAUUGGCAUAUUACAAAGUUUUAUAGUUUUAUAAAAACCAAUGGGUCUAGCUAAGAUUAGAUUAUUGUUAACGUUGUUUUGCUUAUACAAGUAGUUGCAGAACUAGAUUUUAUAGCACGAUUAGUUGAUGAGUUUUGAUAAAAAUAAUAUUAAACAUAACUUCUUUUAUUUAACGCAGAAUUAGCUAAUUCCAAUAACUCUGGGUAUAUAGAGAUAUCUCUAUAUACCCAACAAAAAUUAUGUGCCUUCACUGAAGGCUUUGUUAGCUUAGUUAUAAAAUAAAACCCACAAGCAGAUUCUAAUUUAGGUUUAAGCUUCAA